AUGGCGUCUCUAUCUCGCUUUAGCGGGGUCUCGGGGUGUCUUCUGCGCUGCACACCAUCGCCACCGUGUCCUCCGUACACCGACACAUCUUCUGGUAACACACAUACCGCCACCCAUGCACCGGACUCGCUGCUAUCGCGACUGGAAGCCGUCGACAAGUUCGCGCUUUACGGCCGCCAGCACUCGCACGUGGACCAUCUUUCGGGCGCAGAAGUAGACACGAUGACAGCUCUACAGAGCACAAUACUGUUGCAGGAGGACGGACAGCUCGCAGCCAGGCUGGACGAUAUCGUGUACCUCGUGGACGGUCUGCUGGGGCCCGUUCGGACAUCUCGAGCGCGUCUGGCGCAGACUCGCAGCGUCCUGGAGCUGAUGCAACUGCUACAAGACCCACAGACUCUACAGGCCGUGGCACUGUCCAGUCAGAGACGCAGUAUCCAGCACAAACUCAAGCUGCUGCUAUUGACACUCAGAGACACAACCGACGAGAUGUCUCGGCUGUCGCUGGCUGUGCUGGUCUAUUUCUUGUCCAAAAGCGCCGAUACUGAGGACUAUUUUGACGAUCAGGUCUUGGCCGCCACUAUACACGCACUCAAACAAGAGCAGACAGAGAAACAGACAGGACAACAGCGUGCCGAGGUGUCGGAUGCUGCGUCGAUGAAGAAAUGCCUGAAGCGCAAGCAGAAUACGCAGAAAUUAGCAGAGGACGCGACUCUGGAGACGUCAACGACUCAGGUGCUGGAUGCGUUCUGUCGCUUGCAGUUGGACGAGAUGCUGCAGGACCACGAGGUGUUUUAUGCUGGAGACGAGCUGCAGGUUUCGGUCCUCAGCGCGCUCUGUGCUGCUCUCCACAACUUGCUACAAGUGGACGGACCGUCCAGCUCCUCAACCAGCCUAUCAGGUGACGCUGCAGAGCUCGCUUUCCAACAAAUCCGAGCGAGGAAGCGUCAGCUCAUGCGGAACGGCGGCCUCGCCGUGUUGGCGCUGGAUCUCGUCCAACAGGUCGACAGUCUGGAGAAACUGCUGCCGACUGCACAGCACUACGAAGUCACAGGGGACUGCGCUCGCUCGCUGCAUCACAUCAACAUGGUACUGCGUGUAUUUGACCAAGCUACGUUUCUAACGGUGGAUGUGCAGCAAUACGUGUCCAGAGAGAGAAGUUUCUUCGCAGUCUUGCUGGAACUCACCCAGCUAUUGAGUGAGCUGUGCUGGGGCGUGGAAGCACAAAGACGAUGCGACACGGAGCUCUCUAGGAUGACGUUAGCGGUGGAGACGCUGCUGGCGACGCUGCGUGUGCUGCUUAACUUGACCCACCACAACGUUGAGGCAGCGGGGCAUGUGCAUGCGCUCGACGGCAUGCAGCGGCUUGUCUGUGCGUUCGAUCGACUGCGGGGAGCGGGGACAGCAGCGGAGACGCAGAAAAAGUGGGAGUUUGACUCGUGCUUGCUGCUAUUGAGCGUCAUGGUCAACAGUAUCGAGCUCAGCGAGGAGAACCGUGACGCGCUGGCUGCAUGCCACGUUGGUGGUGACGCUGUGACGUCACAAGCUGGUUGCGGACUGUUUGUUCGGUUUUUCUUGUCAAAGCUCGAGUCGUACCAGCAUUUUAUCGACGGGGCUGAAGGUGGAGACGCUGGCAGAGCAUUUUCAGGCCAGGAGAGCGACGACUGGAGCCCGGAAGACGUGAUUCUCGGCGGAUGCAUGUCGCUUCUAGUUGGAUAUUUGAUGAAAGGCUCGACGGCUAACAGCGCAGCAGUUCUGGAGGCGAUGCCGGAUGGCUCGCCGCGUCUGCUGCUCCGUGCGCUUAGUGUCUUUGUGGCUUUUCACUCGCAGAUCGUGGUGGAAAAAGUGCUCGAGCCAUGCCAGGACCGUGCGCUUGGUACCGUGGAGAGAAAGUUGCUGGAUACUAUCGCUGUGGAGGCGCUUCCUUGCGCUAGUGAGUGGCAAGAGACAGAAUUUAUCGACGCCGCAACGGAUGAAAGCUCUACGAUGUCACUCGACUCGGUCGGAUCUCAAGCGAGUGAAGUGUCGCCUCCAGCUCUUCGAACUCAAGUAAAGAGAAAUCUGUGCUCCACCCUUGAUGACUCGGACGAUGAACGCCUAGUCCAAGAGAAAAGGAGUAGCCAGGCCAAUGGCAUGCGCACCCCACUAAGAAUUCUUGGCACAAAGCGACCAAGAAGAGAGUCUGCUAUGAGUACACAGGCGGGUGUCGUACGGGCUAGAGCCUCGAAUAUUGCUGUUCUACCGGGCGGUUCUAUGUCUUCUCCCGUCGUGGCGAGGCUUUUGAAGCGCACCCGUCAACUCGUGGUAGAGUUUGACUCCGAAUUCGGCCACAGGAGCCAAUCUAGACUUGCUAAGAAACGCAGGGAGCCUGAAGCUGCUGCCUUCGAGAAGCCCCCGUCGCCCUGCAUGGUGUUCACGAUAGAUGUGACUUGUCGAGACAACAGCAGUGCCGGGCUGGUCCUUUCUCUAGCUGUGGAAGAGGAGAAAGGCACCACCUCUGAUGCUGAUGGCGAGGUAAUCGGCCUGACUGCAACGUCGUCGAAGCGCAAGACGAAGCUUGCGCGUGAGCCACGCGCUACAGCGACAAGUGCGACCGCUUCCAUCGACUUUUUCCCGUCCAGCUCGCUUUCCUCCACCCCGUUGCCCGUCAAGAACGGCACAGCUCUGCUGCAAACGCCGACCAGGGCUACGCGCUCUCCUGCCUUGUUCCGACCAUCGCCGUCGCUCAAUCUGACGCCUACGAAGUCUUCUCCUUCGACGCCGCUGCGGGUGAAAAAGACAUCAGACCUAUUGCGGACACCUACGAGGACUUGCCAGUUGGCUGUCGUGAAGGACUCGCCGUCGUCUGCUGGCCAGCGCCGACGCAAGGCUAAAGCUCUUCGCGCGCCCAGUUCUACUCACGCCAGCUCGAUCUUUGACUUCCUGGAUUAA